UAUGUCAGUAGUCGUCUUAGCUCUCCGGUCGAACUGUGAAGUCCUGGUUAGCUUAGCUCCUAGUUCAGCCUUCGUGUCAGUUGCUACCGGUAAUUAGCCGUGUGCUUUUGUUCUCUGCCAUGCUGCCUGAUCUGGACUGCUUGAGCCACCUCUUAAUUAAAUCUUCAUUAUCACCAUCAUCAUCUGGGUCUCAGCGCCUCUCCUCACCACCUCUCAACCACCAUUCCUGACAGAAGGACCUGACCUGACCAGACCGAUCAUGCUGUGCAUUUGGGUGUGCAUGUUGUAUCUCUCCACUCUCAUUCACCGAAGCUGCACCAUUGGUGGCCAAUGCCACUCAGAUGAAUCCCCCUGGAGGCUGGACCCCGAAGUGGAUAUGAACAUUACAGAGAUCAUUCAAAGGUGGGGUUACCCUUCAGAGGAGCAUGAGGUUUUGACAGAAGACGGCUACAUUCUGACUGUCAAUAGGAUCCCCCAUGGACUCAAACAUACAGCAGGUCCAAGGUCAGCAGUCUUCCUUCAGCAUGGACUUCUGGCUGCUGGCAGCAAUUGGAUCACCAACCUUCCGAACUCCAGUCUGGGUUACGUACUGGCAGAUGCCGGCUAUGAUGUGUGGAUUGGGAACAGCAGAGGGAACACCUGGUCCAGGAAACAUCAAACUCUGAGCCCAGAUCUAGAGGACUUCUGGAGGUUCAGCUAUGACGAAAUGGCUCUGAAAGAUCUUCCAGCAGUUAUCAACCACAUUCUGAAGGCUACUGGUCAGGAACAGAUCUUCUACAUUGGACACUCCCAGGGAACGACCAUUGCAUUCAUAGCGUUCUCCACUCUGCCAGAGCUUGCCAGUAAGAUUCGCCUGUUCUUUGGACUGGCUCCUGUUGCGACUGUGGCAUUUACUGACAGCCCCAUGACCAAACUGUCUGCCCUACCAGAUUUUUUGAUCUGGGACUUGUUUGGGAGGCGGGACUUCCUGCCACAGAGCCAGUACAUUAAAUGGUUGGCUGAACACGUGUGUGCAAAGACAUUGCUGAGCGAGUUGUGUGGAAAUCUCUUCUUCAUCCUCUGCGGUUUUGACGAGAAAAACCUUAACAUGACUCGGACUCCAGUCUACACAACUCACUGUCCUGCUGGGACCUCUGUCCAGAACAUGAUCCACUGGGCGCAGGCAGUCCAUGGAGGGAAGCUGAUGGCAUUUGACUUUGGACCAGAAGGAAACAUGAGGCAUUACAACCAGUCAACUCCUCCUGAGUUUCGUGUCCAGAAUAUGAAGGUUCCCACUGCCCUGUUUUCUGGAGGACAUGAUACUUUGGCGGACCCAAAAGAUGUGGCUGCUCUUCUUACUCAGGUGCCCAACCUGGUCUACCAUCAGCACAUCGAACACUGGGAACAUCUGGAUUUCAUCUGGGGGCUGGAUGCACCUCAAGUUAUGUUUCCCUCCAUUUUGAAGCUGCUGCAGGGACAUCGCUAGUGAUGCAAAGCACACGUCAUUCCUUUUGGGGACCACCAAAGACGUGUGGAUUGAAGGUCCAGCAGCCAGGUUUAAUCAGGAAUGUGUUUUUAAUGUUGUUUUUGGAGGGGAAUGAAUAGACUUUUGGGUGCACAUGAAUAGACAGAAAAAAAACAGUAGUAGAUUAUCUCAAUUUGAGUCCAGAUAAGUUUUAACUCAUGUCUACAGUUCUUCCAACACAUAGCUGCCAUAUGUUCUUUGAUCUCUGAAGUGGGACUAGGAUCAUGGCUCUAGAACCACAGAACAACAAGCAGAGUUUAGUUUUCUGGAAAAUGAUCAGUUACACAAAACCCAUUCAUUCAUUCAUUCAUUCAUUCAUUCAUUCAUUCAUUCAUUCAUUCAUUCAUUCAUUCUCUAGCUCCUUGCUCCGUCUAGGUAUCAUUAAAGUCCAAACUGAACUUCUUGUAUUGAGGUUCUGUUUGACCUGUCUGCUGGUUCUGACCAGCUUUUUGACCCAGACAGAACCUGACACACACUUAUUCAAACUUUGGAAAUUUAAUAAUUUCCAAAUUUGUCCUCAGCUUUCGAUUAUAAAGCAGAACUGCUUUAUAAUCAGUUCUUCUUUAUAAUCAGAGUGAUCCAUUAACACAAAAUGUAACAUAUCCUGGUUGUGGAUUUGCUAAGUUUGAAAACACUGAAGUGAAACUGAGAGGUUCAUGAUCUCUAGUUAUAGACCCUGCAGCUAUUGCUCUGAUUUCCUAUUUUAAUUUCCGACAUGCAACUUAAAAGACUUCACACAGAACUACAGAGGAAUCUAUCUGUAUUGUAUUGUAAUUUUCUCAACAACAGCAAAAAUCAUCAUAUUUGUGAUAAACUUUGAAAUAAAACUUAUCACUGUUUCAUGGUAAAUCUUUGUAUUUAUUUUGGACAAGUGUUGCGCAGUAAAUAAUGAAUCAAUGUAAUUUUGCAGAUUUCUUUAUUAAUUAAUAGUCAUUAGCAAUAAACCGAUCACUUAGUCUUUGUUAUUCAACAGCCAAUAAAGAGCUGAAUUAUGGGGAACUGUUUAUAAAGUUACACUGUGAAAAAAUAACAGUAAUUAUUUGAUUUAUUUAGCCUGUAAUAGAAUAAAAAAUUGUCUGUGUUUAUUUUUCUAAGUCAUAUUUUCACCAAAAUUUAUUAACUGGAUUAAGGAAGUAUCCAUAAUGGAAAAGAUUACUUACAUUAUAAAAAGAAAACUGUCACAAUUUCAAAACAUCUGGGAUCCUUUCAUGAGAUAUAUGGUGGAUAUGGAUUUGAGGGGUGGGUGCACGUGUGGGGCAGAUGAGGCAUAGUAACUGGUGAUCCUAUAAAGUAUCCUAAAAUAAUCUUCGUUCUUGGUGUACUUGAUCUAUUAUUAGUCAUUCGGUACCACACAAAAAUACAUAUUCUGUAUGAGGUACAUCUUCUUAUAAGGUAAAACUUUAAUAUUUCUCCUCUUUGGUGACCUGUUGGAAAAACACUCAUUGUAUUAAUCAGUUGUUGUCAAGACUCUGGGUUUUUGGGUUUGGUUUUGUGUUCUAUGCUUUUGCUGUUCCUCUUUUUAUUAAUCAGUUAUGUUCACCUUUUUGUUUUACUCUUCUUGAUUGUUUGUUGCUACUGAUUUCUUGUUAAAUCUUUCUCAUUCUUGUGUUUCUUUUUUUCAGUCUGUCGUAGUGUUUCUAGUAAUCUUGUUUUUCCAGGCUGUUUUUCUUUUAUGUCUGAGUUUAUGUCUAUCGUUCUUUAGUGAUUCUAGUUGGGUUAUUUCUUUGUUUAGUCCUUCUACUAUAAAAAGAACUAAGAAACACAGAACUAGAGUUCUGUGUUUCUUAGUUCUUUUUAUAGUUUGAUCAGCCUUGCUUCUGUGUGGUUCUUUCUUAGUUCCCCUCCUGUCUUUUUCUCUUUCUAGUUUAUCAUGUUUAUUUAGUCUUAGUUUUUCUUUCCCUGCUCCCUUGGGAGCAACCCUACCAGCAUCCCCUCUUUCGGUGCCUCACAGCAACCCUUGCUGGCCUACAUCUCCCAGCAGCCAAUCCCAUCGCUUUGGGGCAUCCUCUUUGGCCCCUAUUCAUUGCACUCCUUAUCAAGUCCCUAGUCACCACCUGCAUAUUUUCGCCUCCUCCGAUCCCCAAGUUCCAUCUCAAAACCCCGUAUUAGUACCUCUCCUACCCGGGCUUCGGCCCCGGCCUCAGCCCCGCUGUGGGGGUCUACAUUCCUAUGCUGCAUCAGGAAUGUUCAUCGAGCUUAUCGAAGUCCAGCUUGACGUCCCCGGCCAGGGCCUGAACGCCAAAGACUUUGUUUAUUUUCAUGUUCAUUUUGUCAUUAAACUCUCAUUAAAAUCGCUUUCUUUCUCUGUUUGAGUCUCUCCAGAUUGAAAUAAUAUGUUAUUUGAUCCUGAUGUAGUAAAUUCACACAUUGACUAAACAUGGAUUUUACAGAAGACUUCAAAUGAUUUCAGAGAGGGAUUUUAUAAUACACAAAGAUUUUAGUUCUUGGCUAUUGAAAACUUAAAUGAUAUGUUAUUGCUGUUUUAAGUAUUUACAUCCAUGGCUAAUAAAUAUUGACAAAUCAAUUACUAUGCAUAUACUUUGUGACAUAAACUUUAAAAAAUGUUGAAACAUAUCUACCAAAGAAAAUAUGUAAACAGCACAAUUUUCAUUUAAAAAAGCAUUUACAUCUUAAGUAUAACCCAAAGUAAUUUUUAUUUCAAAAAUAUGUAACACCCUUGUAUUGUAACACUAAGAUUUCUUGGCAUCUUAUUUUCUGUUAUUUUACAACCCCCCUGUGACAGGAUUAAAGGUUUUGUUUCCGUUAAAAUUCACUCUGUCUAGCGUUUUCGGCCUGCAAGGAGCGACAUUGUCAAUCUUUUUUCAAGCCCUGCGUAUCUUUGUCCGUAAGUAGUGUUAUUGUGCUCAAAUGUUGUUUGACAUAAAUUUGUCUGGUAUUCAAGUUGUGUCGUCUUUAGCUUUGUUAAACAUGCACAGCCUUCGUGGCACUACGUGCUAAAAUUCUCUUUCAUGUAUUAAUGUGUGUACUUGAAGUGCAAGCUGUUCAUAUAUGUCUCUUUAUAUUUAUUUUUCAGUUUUACAAAAAAGAUUAAAGGUCAGAUGUUCUUCA